UCGCGGUUAUUGUUCUCUCUCACUUACGGGUUUAAUACUAAAACGUUGGUUCGGUAGAUACUCGCGCUGGAUGGUUGUCUGCUUACUACAGCUAGCAGAGAAAGAGUAAAGAGUAAAGACUCGGUUGAAUUUUCGCCGACGCAUUACCAGCGUGCAACUCAAAUAAGUAACAUCUCGCUAAUAUUUAUAUUUAUUAUUAUCAUUAUUUAUUUUAUUAUUAAUUAUUAUUAUAUAUUGUCAUAUUGUAUAUAUAUAUAUUUAUAUAUUUGUGAUUUUAUAGUUAAUUACAAGUAAUUGUUUAUUUACCGGAUUUUUAAUGCCAGUGAUUUUGUAAUUUUUUAUAUUUAUUAUGAUUUUGGAAUUUAAUUAAUUUUUGUAUUGAUUUGAAUUUUAAUUGACUUUUAAGUGAAAAAUUUUAAGUGGAGUGGAGUGAAGUGAAGUUUGAGUUGACGGAUGCUGGAUCAGUAAAUUGAUUGUAAAAUUUAUAUAUAUAUUUUUCGCUUUGAUUAAAUUUGAAAAUUUGCUAUUGGAGAGAAAUUGGAUUUUUAAAAGUGGAAUUUAUUUUCAAAAAUUGAGGAUGUGGGGGCUAUCAAGUAACGUAAGCAUGUUACCGAAUCCAGCGAGAACAAAGACCUCACAAGCUCAUUAGUAUAUUAAAAAGCAAAAAGAAUAGAUACAUAUGGAAAAAAUUACCGAAUUACUUUCAUUAUCACAAUCGGUAAAAUGUCGAUGACCGGAAGUCUGAUGGGUUACGAGAACAACAAUGAGAUAAACCAACUAAAAUGUAAUAACAAAAAAUACCAACAGAAGUCAACUUUAAUAACGGCAUCGUCAACAACCGCACCAUUACCAAUGACGUUAACAAGUACCACAACAAUGAUUGCUUCAACCCCAAUAACAACAACAAAUGUUAAUACGACAACAACAAUUAAUACCUCUGUCAAUAAACAACGGGAGUAUGCUUCUAAUUUACGGCGUAGUGAACGUAUUGGUAAUAAUAACAAUAAUAGUUCACGAAAUAAACGAGAAACUUGUAAUCGUGGUCAUGCUAAUGGAUUAUGGUCUGUUUGGUAUGGAAUACUUGUUGUUACAUUGCAAGCAUAUAUUGCAACAAGAUGUGCUAAACGAUUUGUUGCAUAUUUAUCAUUGCCAUGGCCGACGGAUGUGCAACCACCAAAAUUUGAACUACAUGUCUGUAUCGUUCUAACGGGAACCGGCGUACUGUUGCUACCAAUAUUGUUGGCGGCGGCAUUUUUGAAGCUGGGUAAUUUCGCCAAUGAUGGUAUUAAGCUCGGUAGACAUACUAGCACGUGUACACGUGAUCCACCGGCAACUUUAUUGGGUAAUAAUGCUGUUGACAAUGGUUUAGCUGGAAGUUUAUGGAAACAUGGCGGACCAACUGCAGCAUUUGUACAUCUUUGUACGGCAAUGUGCUUUUUAUUACCAACAUUAUUAAUGGAAGCACGUCUUAUUUAUGCUGGAUUUUUACCAAAAGAUGCAAUAUGGCGGACUGAUCUCGAUUGGAUAGUAGUCCAUCGCGAUCGUCUAAUUUACCUAAACUUUAUGAAUCCAUCUGGCAAUAUAAAUAUAAACAAUUACACAACCAACAGUACUUACAAUAAUAAUAAUAUCAAUAUCAAUAAUAAUAAUCCAUUUUUAAUAACAAAUAUCGAAGAAAGUGAUUUAAAUAAUGAUAAUAUUUUAAAUACUACUAGUGGAUUUAAUGCAACUAAUCCACUUAAUUUUACAAUAUCAAGUACUACUAAAAUAAAUAAUAAUAAUAAUCGUGGGUCGACUGAAUUUUUAAUAAGAAAUGAUCACAGUAGAGCAACUAGUCCCAUACCAAUCGCAAGAAAUAAAAAAAUAAUAUACAUAAAAACUCGCGAUUUAAAUUUAAAUGACAGUAAAAUUGACAAAGACGGAGAUGCACAAAAAAAAAUAAAUAAUAUGACUGCAUAUAAUUUACCAUAUGUGAUAAAUAGUAUCGCGGAUUUGGACCGCAUUGAUACUGAUACUAAUGAUGAUACCCAAGAUGACAGAAAAAAUUUUAUAAGCCUCGAGUUCUUGAAUUAUGCAAUAGCACUCGCUGUUUACUCAGUUCGAUAUCCUGCAGUAUUUUGGUCUUGCAACAAAGCCAUUGGUACAAUAUUUAGUAUACAAUUAUUUAUUAACUCAGUACAAAGUUUAAUAAGCUAUGCUGGUAUGUCCGUACUAUAUAAAGUACAAGUAUUAGGGCCACAUAAAGUAUUAAAUUUAGUACGAAAUCGUGUCCAGCCGACACCAAUUUACUCAAGUCGUUUACAAAAAGUUGUGACAAAUUUAUUUGGUGAUACGACACAUUUAUUACUUAACCCACAUGUCACACUAGCAUUAUUUGCAUUGUCAUCUUUGUUGAUUCUAUGCUCAAGUAUGGUGACUUAUCUUUACGCUUAUGGAAGAUUCGCAACAUUUUUAGAACACGAACAUCAACGACGUGUAAUAAUAUCAAAAGAGGGUCGGCGUAAUAGCUCAGGCUGGGCUUACUUUACUCACUGUGCAGCACUAUGUGUUUUUUUAGCUCUCGUAAUAUGCAACGCUCCACUUCUAUAUGAUUACACUGUUGUGUACCGCGGAAGUCUCGACGGAGUAAUAUUAGCAUGUAUCCUCGGUACAAUAGCCCACUUGUUUUUGUGGUUAAUAUUCUGGUUCUUUUUGACAAUAAAACGUAAUUGGAUUUUUAAAGUACGCGUAACAAUAGCACGUGCUACUGUUCGCUCAGCCCGGUCUGUUAAAUUGGUAACGGACGUUGAUUUAUUGGCGUGUAGACGGAAAAGUACUCAUAAGAGUAAUUCUAGUAAUGAUGAUGAUGAUAAUGAUGACGAUACGUUAAUUGAUCACGAAUUAGGCAGUGAUGCGCCUCUAUUAAUUGUUGGAGAUGGUAAAACUUAUAGUAUUGCUGAAUCUUCACCUAAAAAAGCUAUCAUGUGUGUGAUUCAAAAGGCUAUUAUUGAAAGAAAAGCCAAACAAAAUGAAGGAUCGGGCGCCACCGUUAAUCGUGCGUCAGGUGAAACAAGCUUGGACGGAGAAGAAGAACAAAUAUACUGGCUAAGGCCAAAAUUGCGGCCGUCACCAGAACAAUCACCCAAUGGUGGAGCAGGUGGAGCAUCAACAUUAGACAAAAGUUGGCUCAACAAAAAGCUCCGGCCAAAAGUGACAUUCAAUGAUCUGCCUAGUACGUCUGGCUCGCGCAAUAAGGGAAAAAGACGAGGUAAUACCGAGGGUGGACCAGACGACGAUGGUGAUUAUGCCACGUUACGUGAGUUACCAUUAAUGACUGGUAUCGACCCCGCUGAUGAUUCGACAUCCGAAGAAAACAAGUUACUGGAAUGCGUUAAUGAUGAUCAAGUAACCUAUUACGCAAGUGGUAACCGCGAUCUUCAUCCAUCAGAGGGCGACCCAUCUCCACUAUUAACCCCAGAGCCUUUACCUGACCCAAAUUUACCAAUCGUUCCUGUUCCCCUUCCAAUUCCAAUGGCUGUAACUAAUGAAUUAACCAUCGCCUCUACGUUAUUAACAACAUCUACUGCUGCACCUGUUCUUAAUUACGAUGAAACUGUCGUUAAUGACUCUAUUAAUCAUCCAUUACCUCAGGCAAAUGGUCUACCAAGAUGUCUACGACACGCGGAUUCAGGGAUGUCCCAAGAUCAAUUAACUCCUCGGUCAGAUUCAUCAAAUUCUCCGGCAAUCGAGCCCUUGACAAAUGGCGUCCAUCCAGUGCCAAAUUACGAGAUUAUAGAACGCAGCAAUACUUCGUCCAACAGCGAGUCAAGCGGCGUCCAUUCAAACAUAAGCAAUGUCAGUAACUUAACCAAUGUAAGUCAUCCCUCGAUAAAUACGCAACAAUCACGUCGCGCUACCAGCGUCGAUGAUCUUACGGUAGCGGACGGUUAUGGGGAUGAAAAAUGGCGGAGCUGUUCACUGCAACGUGGCAUCCAACCGCCUAAUCAGAACUAUAACUCCCCAGGGCCUGGUUCUGGGCAGACCCAGUUCACUAAAUUCAAUACGAUUGAUCGAAAAUCCUCAAAAGGGGGUCCAUGCCCAGCAAUAAUAUUAGAAAAUACCUCGGAAUCAACGGUUGUGAUACGUCGGCGCAUGUCACGUCCUAAAUUACCCGAGUCAUGGAAUCCAAAUGACCCGGAGCCAUUUUCUCGUAGUACUAACAUGCGCAUGACGUCAUUUACUGAAAAUAGUGAUAUCAAGAAUUGCAUUAAUGGCAAUGCGUCGGCAACUUUGCCACAUUAUCCAACCCAACCAAUUGUACCAGCUUAUCCGCAUUGUUCGACAAUGCCUUUACCACAUGGUGUACACUCUGCUAAUAACGUCAGCGGCGCUACUGGGACUGGAGGCAGUUGUGGUUCAGUACCUCAACAAAAUUCAGUUCCUAUUUUACCUAUUGGCGCUGUAAAUCAUACGACAUUACCGACCACUUUGGCGCCAAAUCCCAUUAAUGGUCGGUGUAAUUUUCCAACCAACAACCAACUGGUUAAUCAGCCAGUUAAUGGAGGUUAUGUUAAAAGAUACCCAAUCAAUAAUGUACUGCCGGUACAGACGCAGCAGUGGUCUUUACCCUCCGGUCAUCACACUUUUCCACAGCCACUUCAGAAUAAAUUUUUCGGGAGUAAUGUCGCUAGUGUAAGAGUUAGUGACCGUGAUUCAGCUAAUUUUUCAAUGGCUAGUAGUGGGGAUUCAGAUAUUUGUCAUCAUUAAUGUUAACGAUUAAUAUGGCGCCCAUAGAUUGGGCGCUGAUUAAUCUCAUCGGAGUAUAGGGUUGUUGGUACUCGUUUAACAGGUAAUUCCAUGAGCUUUCAUGAAAUGAAAAGGGUUUUUUGAUAAAUGAAAUUUUUGAUGUACUUGGAUGAGGUUUUUUGGAUUUUUUAAUAAAGUAUUAAGGUUUUUAAGAUUUUUAAUGGGUCUAAUGAAUUUUUACGAGUGUUUUUAGAGUGGGAUUACGGAGAUUUUUUCACGCCGAGUUGAAUGAGUACCAACAUCGAUAGGUUUGGAUAAUUAUUUAUUUUAAAAAUAAUAUCCAUAUCUAGGGUUAAAUCUUUUUUGAGUGAGAUUUUUAGGGUUUGAAUAUAAGGUUGUUGGUACUCGUUUUCGAGGAAAUUUUAUAAGCUACACGAUAGUAUAAUUUUUAAAUAUAAAUAUAUAUAUAUAUAUAAAUAUAAAUAAUAUAUAAACGUAAUAAUUAAUUACUAAAAGCUUUCACAUCCGUACCAAUAUCUAAUUUUUUUUUUUUUUUAAAUAUAAUCUAAAGCAAUAAUUUUUAGGUUCAAUAUGUGUAUAUUUUUUAACUACAGUUUUAAAUAAAAAUGACUUCCAUAUUAAUAAAUAUUAAUAAUAGUAACAAAAGCUCUUUGCUGACAUAUAUCUUAACAUAUCGAUAUAAAAUAUCUGCAAGAGCAAUAAUUAUUAACGUAUGUUUUAUUUAUCGAGAUAAUUAUUUUUUGAAUAAUCAUCCAGCAAAUAAAUCAAUUUUAAUAUUGAACAGUAAAUAUAUAAAGAUAUUUAUUUUUUAAAUCAUCAAUUUUUUUGACAUAUCCAUUUUCAAAAACAAAAAAAUUAUUAUAAAUUUCUAGAACUUUUUUUUCAUUUGAAAUUUAAAAAAUUGAGUGAGAUAAAAAAUAGUAGGAUUUUUUUUACCAUGUGCUUUUACACGCAUAUAUAUUUAUAUAUAUGUGUGUGUGUAUGAAUAUAAAAAUAUAUAAAAUUGCUAUUGAUCAAUAUAUAUUUAUAUAAAUUCAACUAAUUACGCACAGUGUAUAACAACGGACAGCACAAUUGAUGAUAAUAAAGAAAAGACAAGAAAAAAUGACAAAAAAAAAUUAGUAAAAAAAAAUAUUAGAAAAGCUGAAAACUUAUAUAUAUUUUUUCAUAAUCUUUUUGCGACAGAAUAAUUAUAAAAUAUACAUAUAUAUACAAUAUACAUAUAAACGUAUUUAUAUAGUUGGAAAGUUAUAAUUUUUUUAAUUUCAUUAAUUAUCAAAAGGGCAAAAUGGGCCAUUUUGAGUUUAAUAUUUUUUAAUUACUAUCUAAAAAUAUGAGAUACAAAUAAAAUUUUAUACUUUAAAAAAUUCAGGGCAAAAAAUUUAAUUUCUUUAAUUUUUUUUUUUUUUUUUUUUUUCAUUCUUAUGAAGAUUUUGAAAUUUUUUUAAAAUAUCUAGUAAGGUAAAAGCCCCUAUACCUACUCACUUUUCAUUGGAGCGAGAUUAAAUCACUCAAUAUAAAUUAAUAAAUAAAAUGAAAAACAAUUUUUUUUUUUAGUGUUAUUUUUUGAAGUUUCGAGUAUUAGAAUAAAAUUUAAAUUUGAAGAAUAAUGUUGAUAAUUAAUUAUUAUUAAUUUUUUAAAUAAGGUCCUUGAGUGUACCCAUAGUCGCUCGCUAAAAGUUGCGAUGUACCAUUACUCGAUCAACACAUGGCCCUAUAGUCGCUCAAAGACAAUAUCAAUUAAACUAUGAUAAGUUUAUUGAUUUG